AUGGUGCUAUCUCCAUUUGUCCUUAUCGGUUGGUUUGGACAUAUUAUAAUAUGUUAUUAUUUGAUUCGUCCUAUUUGUAAUACUUUAGUUCGAACUAUUUUAACAAUUAUUCCAUGUAUAUUAUUUACUUAUAUUACUUGUCAAAAUUUUCCUCAAUAUGAUUCAUUAUCAUUAAUAAUAGUAGCUCUUUGUUGGAUGAUAUCAAUUCGUUUAGUUCAUUUGACAAUAUUUUCAAUCGAUAAAUUAUUAACAUUUCGGUCUUUUUUAUUCAAAACUCUUUGGAUUUUAUUCCCUAUUUUAUCUUUAAAAUCAAAACGAAAUGAAUGGCCUAUUAAAUAUUAUUUCAUAUUAAUUCCAGUUAAAUUGUUAAUAAAUCAUUGGAGUUAUCGUUGGUCGAUUAGUUGUGAAACACGAGUUAGUUAUACAAGAAUUUUUUUAUUUUAUUUAUCAUUGAUAACAAUAUCAUAUGUUUUUGAUUCACUAACCAUUCUCGUUCGUAUUUUCACUCAAGAUAAAUAUACAGUUGAAUCAUUUACUAAUUUUCCACUGUUCAGUUUAUCGUUGCGAGAAUUUUGGGGUCAAAGAUACAAUCGGUUUAUUGGAACUGUAUUAAAAGAAUCGAUAUUUGAACCGAUUCGUUCGAAAUUUUCAUCUUCGACAAUUGGAGGUUUAACAACAUUUAUUAUCAGUGGUCUUCUUCAUGUUCAUGUAGCUUUCGUUGCUUUUAAUGAUGUCUCAUCUCUAUUUCCAACAUUUAUAUUUUUCUUUUUACAUGGUAUUGGCUGUUGUUUUGAAACAAAUAUGAAGAUUCAACUUCCGAAACACAUGGGAUGGAUACUAACACAUGCAUUUCUUCUUUUCACAGCACCAUUCGUACUUGAACCAACCAUAAAGAGAGGAUCUCCAUUAUUAAUACAAAAUCCUUCACCGUUGGUUAAUAUCGAAUGGAUACCAAAAUUGCCCAUACCCAACUUUUGCCCCUAA